GCGCAGGGGGAGUUCCAGCAGAAACUGAGACAGAGCUGGAACGACGCGGUCAAGUCAGUAAGAGCAGCUUUCUCCAGACAAACUUUGGGUGUUUUGAGAUAGAAAUCAGAGAAUACAAGUGUCUGUGAGCGGCGUCGCGCUGCGUGUGACCGUGGGUGUCCCGUUUCCUCCGUCCGAGGGAGUGCGAUGCCCUCUGACUUUAUCUCCCUUUUCAGCGGGGACCUCGACCUGAAUUCUCCCAAAUCCUCGUUCUCCAAAGAGUCAGUGUAUGAUCUUCUUCCCAGAGAGCUGCAGUUUCCUUCCCCCGCUCGGCAGAACCCAGAAGCCAUGAGUCAAAAGAGCGGCGGAGAGGCAGGGUCUCCCCCUUCAGCUCCUCUAACGUCAGAUACCAUGUCCUCCUCUAUGACCAUGGAAGGCCCCCGCAGUGCUUUUUCCACCUCUUCCAGUUCCAACAUGCAUUCCAGUUCUUCAGGCAGUGAGCAGAACCUGGUUCACAGUGGCAAUGUGGACCCUGAGGACGGCAGGAGCAGCAGAACCGGACCCGAUGCUGUUGGAGCGGAGGGCGGUGGCAGUAACGCCAAUGGCAGCGGUGGUGGUGGUAACUGCAGGGCUGGCGGUGAGGUAGGAGGAGGAGGAAGGGGGGUCACGUCGCAGGAGCCACAUCACCAGAUGACCCCGUCUAAACGUCGUACGGUGCUGAACAUCUCUCCACCUCCUGAAGACCUGUUUGACGAUAGCCGUAUGUCCUGUCAGGAUGAGGCGUCGCUGGACUCAGAGCAUAGCAACAGCAUCUGGAUGGAUGACUCUCUGUCCAACUUCAGCAUCUUAAGCGCCGCCUCUUAUAACGACAACACAGAGGUGCCUCGAAAGUCCCGUAAACGCACCCCGCGCCAGAGGCCUGGUCCGAAGUCUGUGUCGGCACAGGAAGCCAGCAUGGACGUGUUUGAUGCAGACAGCGCCAAAGGGCCACACUUUGUCCUCUCACAGCUCGGCCCCGACAAAACUGGACCAAAAGGAAGUUCUCAAGAUGAUCCUCAGAUACCUCUUCAGAAAGGGGGAACUCUUUCAACGCAGUACCCGCAGAAGAGUGAGGGGAAGGAGCUGAAGAUCCUGGUCCAGCCCGAAACUCAGCACAGAGCUCGCUAUCUGACUGAAGGCAGCAGAGGGUCGGUGAAGGACCGCACUCAGCAGGGCUUCCCCACUGUGAAGCUGGAGGGGGUGAAUGAGCCGGUGGUCCUGCAGGUGUUUGUGGGUAAUGAUACUGGACGUGUGAAGCCUCAUGGGUUUUAUCAGGCCUGCAGGGUGACUGGACGCAACACCACAGCCUGCAAGGAGGUGGAAAUUGAUGGGACAAUUGUCAUUGAAGUGUCCCUAGAUCCAAGCACCAACAUGACACUGGCUGUGGAUUGUGUUGGGAUCUUGAAGCUUCGUAAUGCGGAUGUGGAGGCUCGCAUUGGUGUGGCUGGAUCAAAAAAGAAAAGUACACGUGCACGGCUGGUGUUUCGAGUCAACAUCCCCCGUCCAGAUGGAUCAGUACUCACAUUACAAGCUCCAUCAUCUCCAAUCCUGUGCACCCAACCUGCAGGAGUGCCUGAAAUCCUGAAGAAGUCACUACACAGUUGUUCAGUUCGAGGUGGAGAAGAGGUUUUCAUCAUUGGCAAAAACUUCCUUAAAGACACUAAAGUCAUAUUUCAAGAGAAUGUUUCUGAUGAAACAUCAUGGAAAGCAGAGGCUGAAAUCGACAUGGAGCUGUUUCACCAGAACCACUUGAUAGUCAAGGUUCCUCCAUACCAGAACCAGGCCAUCAGCUCUGCAGUUUGUGUAGGGAUUUACGUGGUGACGAACGCUGGUAGAUCACAUGAUGUGCAGCCAUUCACUUACACUCCAGAUCCAGCAAAAACAGAUGUUUCUGUGAAGAAAGAGAUGCCCUCUCCAGGGAAGUCUUGUUCUUUUGAUGAACAAAUCAAUGCUUUAGACAGUGCCUUGAUGCCCUCGAUAUUGCCUUUAGUAAAGACAGAAGAAGUCACUCCAAUGGAGGUCACAAGCAACCUUCAAAACUCGGGAGUAUUUAAGCAGACUGGUGACCUGUGUUCACAACAGCAGAGCCCAGACAUGACCACAGGCCAUCUAAAUAAGAACAGACCCUUCUCCAGCAGCCUCCCUCAGCCUGCAGGUGACCCUGACAAAGGCCAGGCUUCUGUUUUUACCAACACAGAGCCCCUAAGCACCAUCCAAAAGCAAGACAUUGCUUCCCCCAGUUCCUUCUCUGUGUCGACAGACUCUCUGCUCCAGCAGAGUUCACAGCAGUUUCUCCUGGAGCCCAGAGAAGGCCUUGGGCAGGAGAGGCCUGGCAGCGGGUCUGGAGCUGUGGGCAGAAUCUGUGGAGAACCUGCUCCCCAGAUGUUUCCCCCGGAUGAAGUGGCCCAGUUGGAGGAGGCAGUCAGACAGCUGAAAGCCAAAGGGUUUUGUAAUUUACCACUUCAGCCUGACAACUCCAUGGCCAAACAGCAGCAACAGCACAUGCAGCAUCAACAGCAGAUCCAAAAACAGCAAAUUCAACAACAACAGCAGCAACAAAUUCAGCAACAACUUCAACAGCAGCAGCAACAACAGCAGCAGCAGCAGGUUUUGGAGAAUCUGCAGCAGCAACUGUUUCAGUCACAGAUCCAGAUGCAGUGUGGCAUGUUUCAGGACACCCCCCAAGGAAAGAGUGCAGAACAGCAGGGCUCAUCUCCUGGCGUUGUGCCAAAUCAAGGGUCUCUUUUCCAGCAGACCCCACAGCAGCAGCAGCAACAGCAGCAACAGGUAGCUCUGUUUCAGGCCGGUGAUCUGCUCUCUAUUCAGACCAACUUCCUGCAGCAGACACCCUCUCACCCGUCACCACCCAUGUUCCACAAUCCCACCUCCAUGGCUGAAACACAGGACCCACAGGGGGCUCUGUUUCAAAAAGCAUCUCGGACACAGGAGCAGGUCCAGGCGGCUCUUUUUCAAAACACCAUGACAGUCCUGCAAUCUCCAGAGCAACAACCUUCGACCCCUGGACUUUUCCUCCCACAAACGUCCCUGCCUUCUCAGCUUACAACCAGCACGACUCAACAGCAGCAGCAACAGCAGCAGCAGCUGGCAUUCCUCAGUGCUCUCCAAACCCCUGCCCCAGAACCACAGUCAGUAUUUCAGGCUCAGACCCAGCUGUCCCCCAUCCAGCAGAGAAGCCCCCUGGAGCAGCAGCCCUCGCAGCCUCAGCCGCACACACAACCAGCUCAGCAGGCCUCCCUGUUCCCCAACAUCUCUCCACAUCCAUCUGCAAACACGCUUUCUCCGAACCAGCAGCAGCAGCAACAGCAGGCUGGCCUGCUGUUCUGCAACAACCCCCUGUCCACCCAGGACCAGGCCUCCAGCCUCCUGUUCAGCAGCCAGAACCAGAUGCCUCCACUGACCGUAAACCAGCAGGACCGCUCUGAACCUAUGGCCUUGGGGAACCCCGCUGAUCCUCGUCAGCAAGUCCUGUUUCAGGAGCAGCAGCCGAUGCAGCUUGGAAGCAGCUCAAAUAGCCGUCAGGAGCCACCGGUGGGUCUCUUCAUGCCUCAGUCCAACAUGGCGUCACUGCAGGAGGGGCUUUCUGCUCAGGAGCUCGCACAGUCAGCCUUGUUUGCUUCACAGAAUGGUGUUGCAAACCUCCAGACAACCACAUCAUCUCCUGUUCAGCAGCCUGGGACCCUGUUUCAAACCGCUGUCAGUGGGACCAUCAGCCAGCCCAACCAAACUCAACAACCUGGACUGUUCCUUUUUGGGAUCCAGAACGACUGCGGCCAGCUGAUGAACACUCCUGGAAACACGCUGUCAGAUCAGAUCAUUGCCAUCAGCCAAUCUGGUCAGAACCAAAGAGAGAGUGACGCACGUAUCCAGUCUCUGCUGAGCCAGUCCCUGUCACAGACUGGAUCUGUGCAGAACAGCAUGGCCGCCUCGCAGAACAUGGAGAAGAUUGAUGACCUGCUCGUCAGCUUACAAGAGUCUGGAAGCAACUUAACGCGGUCUUUUUAACCUUUACACGUGUUGAUGCUUUUUUUACUGAUAAUAUUUUAAAUAACUGUAUUAAGUAGACCAAAUAGUCAUUGGACGAUUACAUGUAGAUAAACAUUUGUGCAUUAGACUUACAUCGUAAAAGCUAAAACGUCUCUAAAUCUGUAGUUGUCCCGCUAACACAUAAUCGUGGUCUCCUUCAGGACUUUUUAGGACAGCACAGUCAUAGUAAAAUGAUCUUAACGUAAUACUGGCCUUGUUGAGCAGGUCUCUCCUCAUGGUGAUACUCAUUAAUAAGUAUUAUAAGGACAAACUGGACCAAUUAGUGAUCAGACAUUGAGCCAGGAUUCUGAUCAGGAAAAAGCCAAGGAAACUGAAUGUGUCUCAUAUUGACUGACUGAAACUGAAUCCCUGUUAAAAUGUGUGCAUAAUGAGUCCAGAUGAGAACAAUAUGAGGAAAAAUUAUAUCGAUAUUUGUGAGAGAAGUGGCUGUAGCGUUAGCAGCCAUGUUGUACGUUAGUUUAUUUGUGUCGUUGUCUAUAGCAUCUUUUGGUCCUGAUGUUGUUUUUCUAGUGAGUUCUCCAAAGUGUUGAGUGGUUUCCGUGAAUAAUGUUCUCUUUAAAGCUUUGUCUUAUAUUUCCUGUAGUGUUUUUACUGUAUGAUAUAGGGAGAGGAGUUCAUAUUAUGGUAGCAAUGUGUUGACUCGCUGAGUUUGAGCGUGUGAUCGAAGGCAUCGUGGAUGUUGUACUGUAGGUGGCAGCUGUUGACGUGUUAUUUUCAUGUGAAACAACAGUGUGGAAAGUGUUUUUAGAGUGCGUAAGGUAGGAAGAACGAGAAGACAGAUGUGAAUAGGAAUGUGAUUUUGACUAAUGUGAUGUGUUGUCGUUAAGUGUCACAGUUGUGGGAUUCAUUAUAGCAGCUAGUUUUAGUCUGGUAAUAUGAAUUAAAUCGGUUUAGAUAUGUGUGUUAACCCACAAAGUGGUGUUGGUUUUCAAUAUUGUUAAUGUAACACAAGAGGAAGCUAUGUUGUGUGUAACUCUGGUUUAUUGUUGGUGUUUUGUGUUGAGGAGAUACUUUACGGUGGGUCUUGAUGGUACAGUAACACAUGAGGUUAUUUGUCAUUUCCCCAGCAGAUGUCAGCACAGAAAAGGCAUCGUGGCUUCAUAUCAGAUUCUUUGCCCUCCACACAGUGUACAAAAAGCACUUUGUCUACAUGCUAACAUUUGGUCUCCAUUCCAAACCAAAUCCUUUAGUUAGCAACCGAAUGUUUAGAUUCUUAUUUUACCAAGAGAGUUAAAGAUAAAUCUAUAUAUUUAAAAUAAGACACAUUUGGCUGAGAUGUAAUUUUUCACAUAUAUCUUUAUAUAUUGGGCACUUUACAAUGGUGUUGUUGUGACCACUUUAUUCAUUGCAGGUCCUGAAGGGGCGAUGUAUUUCUCAGCUUUCUCUUCCUCGUUGUUUACAGUGAAAUGAUAAAGAAUUUGACAUUGAAAGAUGGAGCUGAGAGGAGCAGAAUACACAGAUAAGACAUCGAUGCAUUCUCAGUCUGUGGUUGCACAGAGAAACUGGUAAAAUAUUUCUACUGGAUGGGAACUGAAUCCCACCUUUUGCCUUUUGGGUAAAAUAAAAAUUUAGUGGUCUCAAUUUUCUAUGUAGCCAUUUACUACCAAAGUUUCUAUUACUGUUAUUACUCCCCAAAAUGUAAUAUAAUAAUUUCUUUUUGAGGUUACAAAAGAAAAAUGUGGAUCAAGAUAUUUGUGAACACAUACUUUAAAUAAUUUAACUUCACUUUAAAGCUUUAUUUAAAUUCAUGCACCUAUAGUAGUGAGAGUAGAUGUAAUAUAGUAUAUACUAUUAUUAUUUAGAUGAUUGUGUUAAAGUGUCAUUUUGAUGGCAUUGUAGUGCGUCAGGCACGCAUGAACUGGAAUAGUGUUGUUAGACCAUUUAAAGAGCCUUUUUCAGCAUUUUUGUUCAUUAAUGUGAUGGAUUUAGUGAAUGUCGACAAGCAGUAAUUACAUGGCUACAUCUUUACAUUUUGCGUCUCAUCCAGGUUGGUAUUAACAGGCAGUAAUAGGGUGUAUUUUACAUGCAAAAGGUUCAGGUUUUACAGUUUUUCUGCUCUUUCGUCUGCAGUUAGCCAGUGGCGUUCACAUCAGGACAUUUGACUCAAAUCUCGCUAUGUGUGAGUCCUGAUGACAGGCCAGUUUUAUGGCUCGUGACCUUUUAUUUUCUCUGUUUCUGACUUGACAUUUUAUGUUAAGGAUAACAUAUCUUACAGCAAACGGCAAGGCUUUUUUUUUUUUUUUGUUUUUGCCUCGUGUUUCUUUAGGUGCAAAAUCCUGCUGGCAUACUUUUCUUUUUCUGUUUGUUGUUUUGUUUUGUCACAUUUUGUUUCGCUGUAUGCAUGAACAAGGGGCUGGUCUCUGACGAUGACAAAAAUAGCUCCGUUUAAUGCCUCAGUUGUUGUCUUGUUUUCUAUGUACAGUUUGUUAGAAAUACAUACUUCUGCACACCGUUACAUUUUAUACACAUUGAAAAAAGAAGCAGUCAUUUUAUGAUGGAGACUGUGUAAACUAAUGUGAUUUGUGGAGCUGCGGUAUGUCCGCAUCGCCCACGCUUUAGUUUGAGCAGAGUGUUUUUUAAAGGGACCAUACUCCUGAAGGAAACCUGACUUAGGAGAAAAGAGCUAUCUGUGACUGGCUUUCUUCAACUUGUAAAAUAGAACUAAUAUUUCCAGUGUUGAGUAUUUAUGAUUUAUUUGUUUUGUUUGUUUUACAAGAGAUAGAAAGAUGUCAUAUGUCUUUUUUUUUUUUUAUUGGUGUAGUACUUCUUUUAAGAGAAACAUAUCUAAUUUAUUUGUGUGUUGCAUAUUAUCCCUCCUGUAAUCAUAAACUCAGAUCUUUUUAACUGUAUUCAUGACAGAAAUGUGAUUUGGCCCUGAUUAUACUGGAAAUAGAGGCGAUGCCUUAAAAUGAGAUGUUAAAAAAUGCAGUGUACAAUGUGAAUAGCGUGAACAUUCCAGUGCACAGUGGCUCCUUGUGAUUGUGGGGAGUGUUAAUGAUUUGAUAUUAUGUUUUCUAUGCGUGUAUAUAAUUGGACUAUUCGGCCCUGAUGCCUUUUUUUUAUUGACCAAACUUCACUUUUUAACUGUCAAAGUAAAAAAAAAAAAAAAGAAAAAAAAGAAAAAGAAGGCCAAUAAAUUACAGUAUUUUCACCAUAAAAAUAACAAUGAAUGUGACGCAGCAUGGCUGUAAAUAUCUCCCAGAUUCAUAUAUUUUUAAUACAAACUGAGGAGGUAAUUCCUGUUUGCAUUACAGUUCCUUCAUUUGUAACUAUGGAUCUGAAAUAACAUUCUGAUUCUUGAUUUGUCACCACUAACCGUGGGAGACUGUUCAUAAAAGUUCUUAUACUGUGUUCCUCUUCAGAUGCUACAGAUCAUUAUAAAAGCACUGCAUUCCCAAAAGGAAAAAUAAGGCAUCUCAAAGAAAAGAUUUUGUAAUUAUAAGAAAAAUUAAGAGUUAUCAUCACAUCAUAUGGAAUUUACUUAUUUACUACACACUUAUUUUUACAUUAAUUUGUGAAUGUAAAAGAGAAAAAAAAAUCCUAUAAUGUGAGGCGUUUUCUUAUUCAUCCAGUGUAGUGAUAAUAUAUGAUCUAGAGUCACAUGAAAACAUAAAAAAAAAAUCUUCUGUUCUUUUUUUCCCCCAAAAUAUCGUUAAAUAAAUAAAAUGCGUAAUAGCAAUCGAACCUUUUGAUUAGAUAUAUCAGAUAAAAUUUAUUGUGGGUUGUUAAAGGCAGAUAUAGACACAGACAGGAAAAACCAGGUCAUUGAUCCCUGAUUUCAACAAUGUCAGAUUGUUGGAAAGUUACUGUAUUUUACUUUAUUAGAAACUCCUUUAAAAGUAGUGAAUGCCUAAAUAGAUAACUCAGUCGAUAAAUUGAUGCGGAAGUGAACAUCAAACCAAACAUCAGAACUCUAGAUGAUUCACUGUGUGAGUUUUACCCUGAUAUUGACUCAAAGACGAGUCCAUCUGAUAGUGAUAGUUUGUAAAAAGUCCAUCUCUAUGUUAGACAUCUAUUCGCAUUAGAUUGUAGUGCUUGUUUAAAUAGAAAAUGUACGUUUUUUUUCCUGUACUUUCCAUGUAAUAUGACCCAGUGACUACGCACUACACUGGAUAAAUAAGACACAGCACGUUUUAUUGGAUUUUAUUCUGUUUUACAAGAAGAAAUCAACUUUUUUACAACAGUGAUUGGUAAUUAGAUAUAACUUUUUUCUCAUAAUUACAACAUCAGGUGUCUAAUUUUGUCUUUAGUGAAUCCACUGCACUUUACUGCUUUUCUGUUUCUUCCAAUAGAACAAGACAUGGUUUUCUUUCGUUGCUACCAUUCAUUUAAUAUUAACAAAUGUAGACUGCUAUCACAGGUAAAUGACAGACGGUUAGAGUAGACAACGUACAUGUGCCUUGACAGAGACUGACUUGUGUUUUACCAUUUUAUAACAGCCCUCUAUAACUAGAACAUUGCAAGCCAUAAAACGACGUGUGCUUCAGAUGAUCUACAACAGCGACCAGAGAAAUGUGUUGUAGAUGAUGAAUGUGUUGUGCAAUUUCUUUCAUGCAUCUGACUUGUUUGUACUGAAGUAUCCAUUGCAUUUAUGUUAUGUAACGUAGAUGCAGACAUUUUUUCUGAAACUGCUAUGCAGCUAAUAUACUGUAAAUGUAGAUCUGUUAGUUUUUGAAUAUAUAUUUUUCUAUAUAGCAUCUCCCAUUUUCAACACAAAGGAGAAACCAAAAUAGAUGUUCUUUCUAUUAUUUAUGUUGCUUGUUAAAAUAUUUUCUGAUGCUUCAAAGUGCCGCCAAAUUUAAUUUUCAAUCUUUUUGUCUAUAUGGUGCAAAUUUCUCUUUUCAGCAAACAUCAAUUUACAUUUUUUGUGUGUGUGUUCAUCUUCCGCUCAUUGUGAUUACGUCGAGGUUCGUGUGAACAUUCAGGCUCUUUAUUUACUGGUGCAGUGGUUCAGUUACUAGGAAGUCGGUACAUCGAAAUUCCCAUUUGUUUUGCUGUGUAAUUUAAGAACAAUAUCAGUUUCCCCAAUGUUGCAACAUAUGAAGAAAAAAUUCCUAAUCGGAGUCUCAUAUUCUUACUUUUAACUCCCAACAUAAAUGAACCACUCAUGAGUAAAACAACCUGGAAAUAACCAGUUUCUAACCAUGUGAACAACUGUCAAAUAAUCACCUGUUGAAAAAGAAGCUGUCUUUAUAUUUGGCUACAUUCUUGCAAUUAAACUCUGUACACUUGCUGCUAUCUAUAUUAAACAUACAUAUAUACUUU